CUGAGCUCCAUGUGACUGACUCUGUGUGUUUGCAUAUGUGUCCUGCCUCUCUGCUCCCAGCUGUUAAGAGGUCAGUGUUGAUCAGUGGCUGUCCAGGCCUUUCAGAGCCACUGACACACCAGCAGCACAAUGAUGAUGUCACUGACUCUACUGCUGACCACCCUGGGGCUCCUGCUUCACGGUUCAUCAGGAGACAUAAUCAUGACUCAGACUCCAGAAUCUCUGUCUGUUGUUCCAGGACAGACUGUCUCCAUCACAUGUAAAGCCAGUCAAUAUGUCAACGAUGAGGUAGACUGGUACAUUCAGAGACCUGGAGAAGCUAUUAAACUCCUGAUCUAUUGGACAUCACGUCGUCAGCCUGGAGUUUCUGAUCGUUUCAGUGGAAGUCAGUCUGGAACUGAUUUCACUCUGACCAUCAGCAGAGUUCAGGCUGAAGAUGCAGGACUUUAUCACUGUCAGCAGGAUUGGAGCACACCGUUCACACAUCAGAUGACUUUGAUCUGCGUCCUCAUCUGGACUCUCCUCUGCUGCUGCUUCACAGAGUCCAGAGGUCAGGUCACAGUGACUCAGCCUGCAGCAGUGACAGCUGAUCUGGGAGGAUCUGCCAGGAUCCGCUGUAGGACCAGUCAGAAUGUUUAUGUUGAUUCUCAUGGCCAACGCUUAGCCUGGUACCAACAGAAAGAUGGACAAACUCCUAAGCUGCUCUUUUAUCUUAUCAGCACUCGAGCAUCAGGGACUCCAAGUCGUUUUACAGGCAGUGGAUCAAGCUCUGACUUCACUCUGACCAUCAGUGGAGUUCAGGCUGAAGAUGCUGCAGUUUACUACUGUAAGAGUUUUCAUAACAUCGGUAGUGAGUGGCCGUUCACACAGUGA